GUACAGGUAAAGGAAGAAUUCAUGCGGAAGGUCCGAACGUGAUCUCAUACGUGGCAAGGUCGAGAGAGGUUGCACAGUGGAUGGUUGCCAAGGCCGAAGACACCAUCACCAUUAGAGGGAUGGAGUACACCAUGCAGUUUAAACCUUGGAUGACCAAAUCGAAGCUGGAAGAGAGAAGACGGAUUGAGGACGAAUCCAAGUUUUGGGUAAUGGCGAUCCGGGUGCCACUGAGGGUGAUGUUUCAUGUGGAGAACAUGGUUGAAACUUCAAUGGGACGGGUGAUCAAGAGCUUGCCGCCGGAGCAGGAUCGCACCAGACCAAAGCUCAUGAACCUCAAAUUCGAGUUGGUGAAGGAGGCAGAGGAGAAGUUUGAACCGGAAUUGGCGGUGCGCUUGGGCAGAGAGGUGUUCCGAAUCAAAUUUGUGUGUAAACACACCCCAUGAGUUUUGCGGCCGGAUGGAGAUGGUGACGGUACAGGGAGACCGACAUCGAGCCGCAGCGCAACGGUGGGGUCGAGGACCCAGCAGCAAGAGCUGUACUCAGAAUCUCGGAGAGCAACUCAGGAGGAGGGAGUCCAUGGACGCUCAGCGGCACAAGAGGACGUAGAAGCAAGAGGAUUGGAGGGUGACGGAAAUCCACAGGAUACCCCGACGUCCACCCCAAUCCGAGCCGACGUGAUGGAGGAUUCCCCACGGGACAUUCCAGAAGGAGUGGUGACAGCAAACUGCGAAGGCGGCGGGUUUAAAGAAGCAAUGAUCCUCCCACUCGUCUGUACGAUGCAAGGAUCCAAGGCUUUUGUCAUUGGACUCUUGGAUUGCAAUGGGAACCUGGUCCUUCCUGCCAAUGGUACAAACGAACCGCCGAUGUCGGCCGCAAUACGAGAGAGAAUGCGAUAUCUAUUUGCUGACAGAUUUGUCUUCCGAAUUUUUCUACAGUAUUUUAUGCCGAAAUUAAGAGUUGAAGCUGGAGUGGAUAAAGCAGUCUGUUAUACAGUUGUCUUUAUUGAUGCCAGACUUCCAGCUGAAGCAUGGGCGAGCCUACAUCAGGUGGGUUUGGGCUCCCUUCCACUGAACGCUCUGACUCUUCCAUCGAUAGACAUUGUGACGGACCCGCCGGGAUGGCGGUCCGUCAGGAUCAAGACGAAGGGAUGAGGAUGGGGGAGAUGGAGAUGGAGCUGGAAGGGACAGCGCAGCUCCAACGCAGACUCAACACGCACGUACUCCAAUCUGUGCAAAUGAAGAAUGCCACAAAAC